UCUGACUCCACAGUAACUUGUAACUAGUACACUGUUAGACCUUUGAGCGCGAGAACAACGUUUCGCGUUUACUUUUUCUCUUCCCUCUUUCGUCUUCCUCCGUCUUCUUCGGCGUUUUUCGUUCAGGUCCUGUCUCACGCGACUUGGGGAUGUUGGCCGCCAUCGCACGCGCAGAGGCUCGGUCUCCCGCUCUCAGAACCCUCCUCUCCAAGCAGACGACAAGGGUGACAGUCAUGGCUCCCGCAAGCAGACGGAACAACAGCUCCCUCCCGCCGGGGUACGUCGAGGACAAGUCCAAGGGCCCGAUGCUGCGCUUCCAGGACUCGCUUCCGCGCCUUCCCGUGCCGACGCUGGAGGAGACCGCUGCGCGCUAUCUCAAGACGCUCCGGCCGCUGCUCACGCCGUCCGAGCUCGAGGCCAGCACGAAGGCGGUGCAAGAGUUCAUCGCCCCGAACGGCCCCGGCCGCAAGCUGCAGGAGAAGUUGGUCGCCCGGCGGGAGGACCCCAAGAUCAAGAACUGGCUGUACGAGUGGUGGAACGAUGUGGCCUACCUCACCUACCGCGACCCCGUGGUGCCCUACGUCAGCUACUUCUACUCCCAUCGGGACGACCGGCGGCGCCGGGACCCCGCCAAGCGGGCGGCUGCUCUCACCACCGCCGCGCUCGAGUUCAAGAGGCAGGUGGACGAGGGGACCCUCGAGCCUGAGUACAUGAAGAAGCUGCCCAUUUGCAUGGACAGCUACAAAUGGAUGUUCAACGCCUGCCGCGUGCCCGCCAAGCCCGCCGACUAUCCGGUCAAGUUCGACCCCGCCCAGAACAAGCACAUCCUGGUGAUCCGCAAGAACCAGUUCUUCAAGGUUGCGCACGAGGUCGGCGGCAAGCAGCUCAACACGUCCGAGCUCGAGCAGGCCUUCCGCCGCGUGUACGAGCUGGCGGGCGAGCGCGCGCCUGCCGUCGGCGCCCUGACGUCCGAGAACCGCGACGUGUGGACGGACGCGCGCGCCGUGCUGCUGGCCGCCGACCCCGCGAACGCCAAGGCCAUCGAGGCCAUCGAGUCCGCCUCCUUCGUCGUCUGCCUGGACGACGCCAAGCCCGUCACCCUCGAGGAGCGCGCGCACGCCUACUGGCACGGCGACGGCCAGAACCGGUGGUACGACAAGCCGGUGCAGUUCAUCAUCAACGACAACGGCACGUCGGGCUUCAUGGGCGAGCACAGCAUGAUGGACGGCACGCCGACGCACCGGCUCAACGACUACGUCAACGACGUCAUCUUCAACAACAAGCUCGACUUCUCCGACCCCAGCGUGCGGUCCAACCUCCCCGAACCGCAGCCCAUCCGGUUCGUCGUCACCAAGGCGGUGCAAGCCGAGAUCGACCGCGCCGUGCGCGACUUCGGCAACGUCAUCGGACAGCACCAGCUCGCCGUGCAGGCCUACCAGGGCUACGGCAAGGGCCUGAUCAAGAAGUUCAGGUGCUCGCCCGACGCGUACGUGCAGAUGAUCAUCCAACUGGCCUACUUCAAGAUGUACGGCAAGAACCGGCCGACCUACGAGUCGGCCGCGACGCGGCGCUUCCAGCUGGGGCGCACCGAGACGUGCCGCUCCGUGUCGGAGGAGAGCGUGGCCUGGUGCCGGGCGAUGGCGGACGAGAGCGUCGACAACGCCACCCGCGUCGCCCUCUUCCGCAAAGCCCUCGACGCCCACCUCGAGUACAUCAGCGCCGCCUCCGACGGCAAGGGCGUCGACCGCCACCUGCUCGGCCUCAAGCGCCUGCUCGAGCCCGGCCAGGAGCUCCCCGCCCUCUACAAAGACCCGGCCUACAGCUACUCGUCCUCAUGGUACCUGUCCACCAGCCAGCUGAGCUCCGAGUACUUCAACGGCUACGGCUGGAGCCAGGUUAUCGAUGAGGGCUUUGGCAUAGCGUACAUGAUCAACGAGAACAGCAUCAACUUCAACAUCGUCUCCAAGAACCUCGGCAGCGACAAGAUGAGCUUCUACCUCAACGAGGCCGCCGGCGACAUGCGCGACAUGCUGAUGCCCACGCUGGAGGCGCCCAAGGCCAAGAUCUAAACACCUUGAGGACCCCUGUUCUCUUUAAGGCGGUGGAGGGGCAUCCGGGAUCUGGGUAACCCGGGUUGGAUAGGAGAUUAAAAUGGGCCGAUAGAC